AUGGGACGCUCCUUGAGGAGAUUCGUGCACCCUGUACUCUUUUCGAGCUCAUCUCGACCUUCAACUUCAGUUUUCCAAUUCCCAUGGCGCCGAAAGCCCCACUGGGUGUCUUUCGAACGACCGGGCACCACAACGUCCAAGAAAAAUCGCGCCGAGUAUGACUGGAUCGAGGGCGUGGAGAGACUCGAAGAAUACCAGCCCGGGGGUUAUCACCCAAUUAUGGUCGGUGAUGUGCUACAUGGCCGUUAUAAAAUUGCAGACAAGCUUGGCUUUGGGACCUAUUCUACGGUUUGGCUUGCCCGAGAUGCUUAUUUAAACCGAUAUGUUACUCUCAAAGCUAGCAUGGCCGACUCGAUUCAGCACGAGACGAAAGUCCUUAGGGCUUUGUCUGUUCCGCAUUCCUCCUUUUCACUGGUACAUCCUGGCCGUUGUUUAGUACCUGUUUUUCUAGAUGAAUUUGAAGUGCGAGGUCCUAACGGAAAACAUAUAUGCUACACGGUGGCCCCUACACAAUGCAACCUCAGAGAGGUCUCCUUUAGUCGUCUUUUCCAGUUGCUCGAGUACUAUCAUAUCGACUCGUACAGGCUGUUGCUUAUGCACAUUCACAAGGCUAUGUUCAUGGAGCCCCCGUCAAGUUUUGAUGAGCUUUCUAUCAAGCAACUCUAUGAAACAUUUGGCGAACCUGAGACAGUCCCUAUCACACGACGUGAUGGAGAACCAUUACCACAUAAUGCCCCGGCCAAAGCUGUUGUGCCGCUAUUCCUAGGGAAAUACGCAGAGAAGUUCUCAUCAUCCGACGCACACCCCCUUCUAACUGACUUUGGUGAGGCAUUUUGCCCCGCUUCAGACAUUCGUCUUGGGAAAGACUGCCAUACGCCAAUCGCGUUUCGGGCUCCAGAAGCCAAGUUCGAAUCGCAAAUUCCGCUCGCAUAUUCCUCAGAUAUCUGGAGUCUGGCUACUGCGAUCUGGGAAAUUAUCGGAAUGAAGGCCAUCUUUAGCACCGAUCUUAUAGAUGAGGAUUGGAUAGCGGCUCAGCAUGUCGAUGUACUAGGGCCUAUGCCACCGGAAUGGUGGCAGCUCUGGGAAGGACGAGCCCGGUUUUUCGAUGAGGAUAGAUAUCCAACGGAGUCCUAUAAGGAAAAUAAAUGGCCUCCUCUUGAGGAAUCAUUUGAGAUCGGUGUGCAGAAAUAG